CUGAAACUUGGUGGGUUUUGGAUGGUCACCUUACUUUCAGCGGGUUUUCUAAUAGUCUAGGUCGUUUGCAGUUUCUGGCGCUACCUGGGAUACAAUGACAGGGAUUAGGAGUAUGUUGCUUUACAACUGAUAUCAUUACUCGAAACUUUAAAGCCGUAAUUUUUGUUUCGCUUGCUGGAUCAGUUUCAUUCACAUUCUUACUGUUAGCCUGUGCGUUACCACAGUACAAGUAACAGAAUUACUUAGGAGUUUAAUCAUGUUUAGUGUUUGGUGGCCACUAUUCAUGCUGAUAUUUUACAUACUAGCACCAAUUCCAUUGCUGGUCGCUAAAAAUUUCCAGGAAAGCUCUUCACUGGGGGAUGUGAGUGUUUUUCUGACCACAAUCGUGAUAGUAUCCGCAUAUGCACUGCCUAUACUGUUUGCUCGAGCACCUAAAGAAAAUCCCCUCAUAUUAUGGGGUGCUUGUGGACUUACGUUAUCAGCCAACACGCUUAUGUUUGCAACCAUCUUCUUUCUGGUUUAUCUGGUGGUCAAGUCUGAUGAUUUCGACAGUGGAUUUUAAUUUUGAAUAGUAAAUCUCUCCCUAAUUUUGACUGAAUUCUAAUGUAGCACUUGUGUAUUCUAAGGAAGCACUUGUUGCUAAAUUCGCGUCAUAUAAGAUGUUAUUUUGCUUUCUACUUAUGUAUAUUUUUCAUUUUAAUAAAUCCCCAAAAAGAUAAACUUUUUUGUUUAAGGACAUUUUAGAAAGCUAUCUCCCGAAGGCAACAUACUUUCUCUGUCUCACUUUGACUUCUGGCUUUGAUUUAUAUAUGCGAUGAGACGUUGAUAAACUAAUAAUUUUAAUCUUUCGAGUCAUUCUGGAUUCUGUUGAAUCGGGAGAUGCUAACUAAACAGGACAGUCGUUUGUUUAGAGGCACCGCUAUCUUAUACUGGUCUGACUGUGUAUAUGGAGCUUUCCAUGAAUUUUUUCUGCAGCGAUCAGUUUUGUUAUGCAAUUAGAUAGAUGUUUCUAAGUUUGAUUUCGCUCCCACUGUUUUACAAAACUGCGAAGUGGGCGAGACUGGAAUUUAGGGACGACCUUUGAACGAAUCUUAGAUGACCUUGACAACUAUUAGCCAGUCAGAAGACAGUUAGUAUAAAGUGAAAAUAUAUUAUAAGUAAGUAAUGAAUUACAGUGGACGUUCUUCUUUUACAUGAUUUAAAAACUUGUUAAGGUUUGAUAAAGGCUCAGAAAUUCUAAAUUCAUAAUGCAUACGGUAUAGAAACUCGUCCAUAGGGUUAGGGUGCUAACAUGAGAUCGGUUUACAACGGAUUUUAGAGGUUAGGGUUGUA